UAUCACACUGACUUCCGCUGUUGGACUAUGACUAAGUAACUUGAUACAUCAGCCAUAAAAGCGCAGUAUCCAGUCCCUGAAGGGGCAUUCCUGAACUUCUCUGCUCGUCAGUCGGUGUGGGACACGUCCAUUCAGCCGUUAAUCAUGGUUCGCAUGGUGGAAAGUGUGGCGGAGUUUGAUGACAUCCUGAAGGAGGCCGGAGACAAGCUGGUGGUGGUGGACUUCACAGCCACAUGGUGUGGCCCCUGUAAAUACAUCGCCCCAGUAUUUGAAGCGCUGUCAAAAGAUCCUGAGAACAAGAACGUGAUCUUCCUGAAGGUGGAUGUGGACGAGGUUCAGGAUCUGUGUACACGCUGCGAGAUUAGGAGCAUGCCCACAUUCCAAUUCUACAAGAAAGGACAGAAGUUGGAGGCAUUCUCCGGUGCUGAUCCAGACAAACUGAAAAGCAAAGUGGCAGCUCUGAGAUGAGUCCCAGCGGCCAGUCCACACACACCAUCGUCGUAUAAACACCACAGAAGCCACUGUUACUCUCUGUCCACAUCUCAGAAAUUCCAGUUUCAUUUUAUGUACAAUACACAUCAGGUCCUCUGUGCCACACAGGCAGUAAUUUAUUCCACUCAUCAUGUACUGGUUACAUAGUCCUGUCAGCUCCAUGUGUUUAUCAACUGUCUUAACAACAGGCUGGAAUUUGACUAAAACCUGAUGUGAUGACCACUUUUUAAUUCUGUUUUAUAUGAACUGAAUUGGCUUUUCUCCUGAUUGACUCCUGAGAAUUUCUUUGUAUGUUAAUGUCUUCAACAAGGUGGAUUUAAUAAAUAAAGAUGAGUUACCAGAAA